AUGUCAACAGAUGAGUCAGUCACGGCAAAGGCCGUGCUUCAAACCGAAAAGGAUACAAAAGCCCCCAGUCGCGCACACGCUUCGUCUCCUUCCACUGCGCGACGAUCGUCCUCUAUCGCAUCUCACAAUGUUUUCCUAUCCUUAGUCGGUUUGCGGUUGGUCAAUGCCUUGACGACAAGGACAUUCUUCCAGCCAGAUGAAUAUUUCCAGGCUUUGGAGCCAGCAUGGCAUUGGGCAUUCGGGGAAGGAGGAGGAGCGUGGAUAACAUGGGAGUGGAAGAACCAUUUGCGAUCCGCGAUACACCCUGCAGUCUUCGGACUAUGUUACCAACUGGCCGACUUCGUUGCUGAGCACCUGACGUUGCAAGGCCCUGUCCGCUCUGAGGUCCUUCUUGCUGCUCCAAAGACCUUGCAGGCCUUCUUCGCUGCAACGGCGGAUUUCUAUACCUGGAGACUGUCAUCCUACAUCUACGGAGAAGACUCAACAGCAUCUCUAGCGACGCUUUUCCUGACAGUUGCGAGUCCGUGGCAGUGGUUUUGUUCGACGCGGACAUUCUCGAACUCGUUGGAAACGACCCUCACGGUCAUCGCGCUGUGCAACUGGCCCUGGAAUUGGACGCUCCCACAUGGUAGAAACCGCGACGCAGGUAACGGCCAUCAUGACAACCAAAGAUCCCGCACUCGGGACGACCCUGUAGUCGAAAAGGUCCCAGCAGACGAGGUCACCCGGUUGAGGAGGGCGCUGCUCUGCGCUGCGGUGGCGACAAUCCUCCGGCCCACGAAUAUUCUGAUCUGGAUGAUCCUCACAUUUCUCACUGUCGUUCGGAAAUGGAACCUGACAGGCCUUAGCUGGACCGAGUGCAUUCUGUUCCUCCGCGAAACUGUCCUCUGUGGAAGCGUCAUCUUAGCCUCUUCAGCAAUACUCGACCGAAUAUUCUACAGUGCCUGGGUCUUCCCACCCUUCAACUUCCUCCAGGUCAAUGUUGUCCAGUCAUUGGCAUCAUUCUACGGCAAUAACGAUUGGCACUAUUAUGUCUCCCAGGGGUAUCCUCUGCUCCUCACGACAGUGCUACCGUUUACGUUAAUCGGAUUAUUUCGAGCCUUGAGCUCAAAAGAUGCAUAUUUUGCGCAGACACCUCCGGCAAGCCGCAAUGCCCUUCAUUCUCUAUCCAUCAUAUGUCUCCUUGUCCCCGCGGCUUUUUCGGUCAUCGCCCAUAAGGAGGUGCGGUUCAUCUAUCCCUUGUUACCAGCUUUGCAUACUGUAACCGCCUUACCCUUAGCGUCCUUCUUCCACGCGUUGACAACUCCGUCUCCGUCGUUGCGCGUGGGGAAACGACUUGUACUCCUCCUUAUUCUGUCCUUGAAUCUCACAAUAUCAUACUACAUCACCCAAGUCCACAAUUCCGGCAUUGUUGACCUGACGCAUUAUCUCCGCCACGAGUUCGAAACAGUCUAUCUCACCUCUCCCACGCCCUCGAACAUGACAAUUGGCAUGCUCAUGCCCUGCCACUCCACGCCCUGGCGCUCUCAUUUACAAUACCCCCCGUCUCUUACGCACGUAGGAAUCCGAGCUUGGGCAUUGACAUGUGAGCCGCCACUCAACCUCAAUGCGACCGAGAAAUCAAGCUAUCUGGACGAAGCAGACCAGUUCUACGCCAACCCAUCGUUGUGGGUUAAGAAACACAUGUCACGCCAUCCUCCACAGCGCAAGGGAGGCAACAUUCGACCGAGUGGCUCGGUAGCAGGAAUCCUUGCAGCUCCAAAUUUACAUGGCAAGAUCGACACCAUUCCCACCGAUAUCCUCGAAAGCGAGAGGGCGGAGCAAUUCUGGCUCACCGGCGGCAACAAAGGUCGCCAGCCAUGGCCCGAUUACCUCGUCUUCUUCACACAGCUGGAACCCACUUUACAAGUGAUCCUCAGGGGAAGCGGGUAUGGCGAGUGUAAGCGGCUGUUCAAUUCUCACUGGCACGACGAUUGGAGGAGGCACGGCGACGUGGUUGUAUGGUGUCUCGAUCCUGCCAGACAGCAGGAACUGAAGACCGCACCAGCAGGGCGAGACGCGAGGUCUCGAAUUGGGAUGGAGGAAGUUGAAGACGCGAUCCACGACCCCUCCGCUUUAGAAGACAUUGCUCCGGGGCAGAAGAUUCUGGGCGGCGACGGUGCCGCGACGAAGAAGGGCAAGAAGGCGAGGGAGAACCGGGAGGCCGACGAUAGGAAAAAGAAGCCAUUCAAAAGAGUGGUCGAGAAACCCUUCUGGAAAGUCAGAGAUCCAGGGGACUGA